AUGACGGAAGGAUUCAACAAACCCAAUGAUGAGGAGAUUCAAAGGUUAAUUCAGCAUCAACUUUCUACCAGCCACGGGCCUUGGGUUUUCCUCUAUGCUGUCCAGGUCCAGAUCGAGGGGAUGCUGAUGUAUCAGGUCUGGUACCAGGCCCUUGAUUCCAGAGGCCCUCUCAGGUCUGUCUGUGGACAGAGUAGUGGAUUGGAUAGCUUUUUGGCUUAUGGUCUCUUUCAAGCCUCACAUGAGCAGCCCCACCUCCGGGAGCAGCGCCCCCGCAUCCCUCAGGCUCUAGCCUGCGGUACUGUUUUCUGCCAGAAGAGGCACUGCGGGGCGGCGCCCGCCCAUUCCCACAGCUCCGGGAAGACCCGGGCGGCGGAGGCUUACCCCGCUCCCCUCCCGCUUCCUCCUCUUCCUCCUGCCGGUCUGAGGGCGGCGGUCUCCGACUCAAGUCAGCAGCCGCCGCAGCAGCCGCGGCGACGUCACUGUCUUCCCGGCCUGGCACACAGGGCUCAGGCCGCCGAAUGCCCCUGGACGCGCAUCUCUUCCCAGAGUUCCUGCUUCCUGGGCCAGCCAAAGCCGCAGGUGAGAACGUCCGCGGUAGAGGUGACACCCAGGGCCUGCGGGUCUCAGAGACCCGGUGGCCUCCUCCUCUCCUCCUUGCCUGAGAAACCCCCAUGGGGGCGCCUGCAGCGGGGACACCAAGUGCUCCCCGGAGCCCUGGGAGCACUUCUUCUGAGGCGUGGAGCCCCUGCUCAGGUGCUUCUGAAAGUUCCUUUGUGGACCCCAGAAACCCCUAGGCAACUGUCUGCCCCGCCCCGCGCCCCCGCCGCCACCCGCCCCCUGCCCCCCGCCCCCGCAGUACCCCGCGGGCCCCCAACAUCCCCGAUGCGCAUGCCCAGGGGCCCUGUGAGCUAGAAAGUAGCUGAGCUGGUGCAGUACCUGCUGGUUAAGAACCGGAAGACGGUGGCGAUCAAAAGGGCAGACAUGCUGAAGUAUGUCAUCAAAAGAAAAAUCGAUCCUGCCCUGGUUUGGGGCCUGACAGGCGACCAGGGCACACCAAAGACCCGGCUCCUGAUGAUUACUCUGGACUCCAUCUUCAUGCAGGCCAGCUGUGUCCCCGAGGAGGUGGUCUGGGAGGUGUUGAGGGUGUUGGAGGCACAUUUCUUCUAAAAAGCAUUUCGUCUUUGGGGAGUCCGUGAAGCUCAUCACCAAAGCUAGUGUGCAGCAGAAGUAUCUGGUGCACAAAUAGGUGUCCCACAGUAAUCCCACGCUCUAGGUAUUCUUGUGGGGGCUCUCAAAGGAAACAAGACAGAUGGAAGUCCCGGAGUUUGUGACCAAAGUGAAGGACACCCACCCCAGUUCCUUUCUGUGGCAGUAAAUGAGGCAUUGAGAGAAGAGGAGGAGAUACCCCGUGUGUGGGGAAAAGAAAGAGAGAUCAGCCUGUUACUGUGUCUAUAUAGAAGGAAGUAGACAUAAGAGACUCCAUUUGGUUCUGUAUUUGAGAUGCUGUUA